GAUGCACCGCUACCCUUGCAGGUUCUCGCUUUAUUUCUCCGGCUCUGUUUCCAAAAACUUACAACAGUCUGCCGAGAAUUAAGCGACUUAGUUGGGAUUUACAUUGGGUUAGCAUGGCUCAUUGCUUAACAGUGAUCUUCCUGUCUUUUCCACUACUGUAUCAGGAAGAGUUACAAAAAGACAAAAUUUUUGGUUAUAAUGCUUAUGCCGGAAACGUCUACUCCAUUGCUUGCGGGUAUUUCCUUUGGGACGCUCUUAUUUCUCUUUAUUAUGUCAAAGAGUUUGGUUUUGGUUUUGCAUUACACGGUAUAUGCUGUUUUGGUGUGUUCAUAUUUGCUUUUAGACCAUUCUUGAAUUAUUACGGAUCUGUAUUUUUAAUGUAUGAAAUUUCCACUCCUUUUUUGAAUGUGCAUUGGUUUAUGGAUAAACUUGGUUUAGGUGGAACUUUACCGCAUACAAUAAAUGGUGUUUGUCUGCUUACAUCUUUCUUCUUUGUAAGAAUUAUAUACGGAUGUUACAUGUCUUAUCAAGUAUUUCUUGCCGUCUUACCUGUAGUUUCGCAAAUACCUGUAUUUUUAUGUGUUCUCUACGGAACGGCUAAUAUCAUGUUGAAUUGCUUAAAUGUAUACUGGUUUGUUAAAAUGAUAGCUUAUGUGUCACGACCAUCUGCAAAAUAUAAUGUCAGCGAUGGUCAUUCUAGCAAAUCACACUCCAAAGUUAAGAAACAAUAA